AUGAAGCACAACUUGUUGUCUGCUUUUCAAUUUGUCAAAGACAAUUCAUGUUCAUUGACACUUGAUUCUGAUGGAUCCCUUGUCAAGGAUCGUUUUGCGGGGAAGAUGCUUUUGCGGGGACCAGUUAGAGAUGGAUCCUAUCCUUUGCAAAGCUCUCCUUCACCUGGUACUGCUUCUUCAAUUUCUUCUUCAGCAUUUGUCAGUAUUAAAGCUCCAGUGCAGAUUUGGCAUAGUAGAUUGGGUCAUCCCUCCUCCAAUAUUUUUCGAAAAGUGAUUUCUGGUAAUAAGCUUGCACUGCAAGAUUGUGCUAUAGCUAAAAAUCAUAAACUGCCUUUUCACCCUGCUGGUUCAUCUACUUCCCAUAGUCUAGCUUUACUUCAUUGUGAUGUAUGGGGACCUGCCCCUGUGUAUUCUACCUUUGUAACUUUCAAGACAUAUGUGGAAAAAUCUGUACGUAAUCAAACAAAGGCUAUCCGUUCUGACUCAGGGGGUGAAUUCACUAGUGCUUCUUUUCAGUCUUAUCUUAAUUUGCAUGGUAUUUCUCAUCAGUUCAGUUGCCCACAUACACCUGAACAGAAUGGCUGUGUAGAACGCAAGCAUAGGCAUCUUGUCGAAACAGCCAGAACAUUGUUAGUGGCUUCUAAUGUUCCUAAAGUCUAUUGGGUUGAAGCUCUAUCCACUGCUACUUACUUGAUCAACAGGUUGCCCAUUUCUGGUCUUGCGCAAUCUCCAUGGGAGCUUUUAUUUCAUACAUUACCAGAUUAUACUAGGCUAAAAAUUUUUGGAUGUAGUUGUUACCCCUGGUUAAAACCUUAUGUUUCCUCUAAACUUGAUGGCAAGAGCAAGCAGUGUGUUUUCCUUGGAUAUAGUUUACAGCAUAAGGGUUAUAGGUGCUUAGACAUGAUCACUGACAGAGUCUAUAUCUCUCGACAUGUCUUAUUUGAUGAGAAGUCAUUUCCCUUUACUGCCAAGUUUGCAUCCUCCUCUGAUUCUAUCCCUACUUUAUCUCCUGUUAUUGACCUGCAAUUUCCCAUUCCCAACUCACACUCUAUCUUACCAAGUUCUCCCUCCAUCCAUCCUUCUUCACAUACUCCUAAUACUAGUGAAUUUGUAUCACCACACAAUUUCAGCCCUUUGCAAUCUCACUCCUCUUCUCCAUCUUUACCAGGUCAAAAUAUUCAUCCUAUGGUUACUAGAUCAAAGAAUGGCAUUUUUAAGCCUAAAGCUUAUACUGCUACCAAACACCCUUUAUCAUCUUCUCUUGAUUAUGUCCCAACAACCUAUCAUCAGGCCUCUAAAUUUGCUGCGUGGAGAUCAGCCAUGCAAGCUGAAUUUAAUGCCCUCCAAUCAACUGGAACUUGGAUCUUGGUUCCUUCUUCUUCAUCCCAGAAUGUUGUAGGCUGUAAAUCGGUAUUUAGAAUCAAGAAAAAGCCUGAUGGGACCAUUGACAGGUAUAAAGCUCGGCUCGUUGCCAAGGGAUUUCAUCAAAAAGAGGGCUUGGACUAUCAGGAAACCUUUAGUCCUGUGGCAAAGCUUGUCACUAUCAGAAUUUUGUUAACUUUUGCUGUGCAAUUCAAUUGGUUUCUGCAUCAACUUGAUAUUAGUAAUGCCUUCCUUCAUGGUGAUUUAAAAGAAGAAGUAUUCAUGCAUCAGCCACCUGGCUUCAGUGAUCCAAACUUUCCGAAUCAUGUGUGUCAACUCAAAAAGUCCUUGUAUGGCCUCAAACAGGCUCCCAGGGCCUGGUUUGAUAAAUUGUUUCAGGCUCUCAAGUCUCUUGGUUUCACUCAAUCAUCUUCUGACGCAUCCCUCUUUGUUCUCAAGGUUCCAGUUCUUGUUAUUGUCCUUGUCUAUGUGGAUGACAUCUUGGUCAGCGGUCCAGAUUCAUCAGUGUGCAAUCUUUUCAUCAAGAAACUGAGCUCUUUGUUUCCUGUAAAGGACUUGGGUCCCUUACAUUAUUUCUUGGGUCUUGAAGUUCAACGCACCAACGAGGGACUCUUUCUCCAUCAAGGUAAAUAUCUGAUGGACUUGUUACAAAAGACAAAAAUGGAGGGUGCUAAGCCUUGUUCUACACCUCUUGGAACUACCAAACUGGAUCACGGUGGUACACCUUUGGAAAAUCCCACAGAGUAUAGAUCCAUUGUGGGAGGCCUACAGUAUUUAACUUGGACUCGGCCUGAUAUCUCAUUUGCAGUUAAUCAAGUCUGCCAAUUCAUGCAUGCUCCAACUGAUUCACAUAUGCAGGCAGCCAAGCGAAUACUCAGAUUUCUCAAGGGUACCCCUUCACAUGGUAUAUGGUUUCAUAAAGGUCCUCUCACUCUAUCCGCCUACUCUGACGCAGACUGGGCUGGCUGCACUUUUGAUAGGAGAUCCACGGGUGGAUUUUGUGUGUUUCUUGGCUCCAACUUAGUGAGCUGGAGUGCUAAAAAGCAGCCUACAGUCGCUCGUUCGUCUACUGAAGCUGAAUAUCGAUCCCUGGCUCACACUGCUGCUGAAGUUACAUGGAUCUGCAAAGUCUUUCGAGAUUUUGGUUUCUCCUCCUCUGUUAAACCUACCAUUUGGUGUGAUAACAUUUCUGCUAUCUCCCUUGCAUCAAACCCUAUUUUUCAUGCCAGAACCAAACAUGUGGAAAUUGAUUAUCAUUAUAUCCGAGAGCUGGUUCUUGCAAAUCUGGUUACAGUUCAGUAUGUUUGCAGCCAAGACCAGAUAGCUGAUAUUCAUACUAAAUCUUUGUCUAAGAAUCGGUUCCUCUUUCUUCAAUCCAAGCUUUCUCUUGGUACUCCUAGUCUUUCCAAGCUCAGCUUGAGGGGGUGUAAAGAUAAAGAUGCCAAGUCAUGA